AUGUUUUCAUCCUCUGCAACCGAACACCCGCCAGCGAUGCCAGCAUUUGGCGGCGGUCGCGUUGUGGGUUCAUUAAACGAUGCCACGGCGUCUACAUUUGGUGCUCCAUCGAAGCCUACCUCGCAUGCCAUGACUCCUUCUGUACUCCCGGUCCCGAGUGCGCAGAAAGGUCCUGAGCCGGGAGAGUCUGGCGCACACACCACGACAACUACUCCCUUCUCGAGUGCGCAGGGCGUGCCUGACCCACGCCUUUCUCUCUCGCGCAAUGUCGAGAGCACCUCUGGCAGCAUCAUCGCGUGCCGAGUCGGUACACCGCACACCACCUUCUUCGUUCAUCGCGCCGUUCUCUACAAGUCGUCCGAGUUCCUCAAAACCCAUGCCGAGCUCGAGAGUAACGACAUCGACUCUGAGUCGUCCAUUUCGCUCCCGGAUUUCAACUCCGAGGCCUUCGCACUCUACUCGAAGUGGCUCUACUCCAGCGCCAUCAUCAGCAUCCCAGAAGACGAGACGCCCAAGGACGAUGCUGAAUGGAGGGUCCUCGCCAGCGCAUACGCCCUCGGCGAGAAACUCAUCGACAUUGACUUCAAGAACACCGUCAUCGACGCACUGCGCGCCAAAGUCAAGAGCAAAAUCGGCAACACGGUGUGGAAGGUUGCGCCUGAGCUCGUUCGCAUUAUCUACGCCGGCGACUCCAAAGACUCGCCCGCGCGACGCUUUGUGGUCGAUUUGUACCACGGUCACGGCGGUGCGAGCAAUCUCGACGACCGCAGCCUUCCAAGCGACUUCUUGUUCGAUCUGGCUCGUGUCGGCCUUGUUCGAACUAUCAAGAGGCACGUCAGCAGCGAGAGGUGCGAGCAUCAUGAGCAUGGCAAGGACAAGGCUUGCUACAUCGAUCGUAAGGCAUGA